AUGCCUGAAGACACCACCAGUUCGGCUGGUGAAGCCCUCGAAAAGGAAGCCGAACGCGACCUUCGCAUUGCGUUCGAUGAUGCAGCUCAUCCCAGGGGCAGAGCUGAAGACCGGGGAAAUCACAGAGACUCUCGCUCCCUGUCUCGUCGCAGAUCCAUGAGCCGUGAUGGCAUCACCACGGCUCCCUAUUCUGGCCUUCCGAUUACAUAUCGAACCCUUUCUAUCCAGGUCGCAGAGUCUCGCAAGGCCGAAAGCGACUCUGCGGACAUCAAGGCAAGCAAAAAAGACGACGAGGACUACUUUGCCAACUUGAGCUUUCAUCAACUGCAGGCCGGCCAGCUGUGCCAGCAACUCAAUGUUUCCGAGUCACUGGGCCUUUCAGAGAGCUCUGCUGCCAACAGACUCCAGCGAGACGGCGGCAAUACCUUGCCAAGGCCAAAGACCAAUUAUGUCAGGAAAUUACUCUUGUAUGUCUUUGGCGGCUUUUGUUCCGUGCUCUGGGUUGGUGUUGUAAUCUUCUUCAUCUGUUGGAGACCGCUGAGCAACCCUCCUUCCCCUACCAAUCUCGCCCUCGCCAUCCUCGUCAUCUUGGUCAUCAUGCUUCAGGCUGGCUUUUCCGCCUUCCAAGACUGGUCGACGUCGAGAACCAUGAAGUCCAUCACCGACCUGCUGCCAGCAGAGGCGCUGGUCCUGAGAGACGGGCAGUUGAAAAAGAUGCCAGCCACUCAACUUGUCAGCGGAGACAUUGUCCAUCUGAAGAUUGGCAACAAGGUCCCUGCCGACAUGCGCCUCAUCAGUCACUCGGGGGAUAUUCGAUUCGACCGGGCGGUUCUCACGGGCGAAUCCGACGAGAUCCAGGGUGCCGUUGACAUGACGGACCAAAACUUCCUGGAAAGCCGCAACAUUGCCCUGAUGGGCACGCUGGUCGUGAACGGCAGCGGUGUGGGCGUCGUCAUCUUGACUGGUCCUCGAUCCGUCAUGGGCCGUAUCGCCAAGGCGACGGCUUCCACCGAAGAACGUGCUACUCUUAUUCAAAAAGAAAUCUGGCGCUUUGUUUACAUCAUCGUGGCGCUGACGGUUACUCUGGCACUUUUGAUUCUCUUCACCUGGCUCGGCUGGCUGCGUCGGGACCACCCUGGCUUCAUGGAUGUUGUGGCCAUGCUGAACAAUGUCAUGGGCUGUGUGGUGGCUUUCAUCCCCGAAGGCAUGCCUGUGGCCGUCGCUCUGACUCUGAUGAUGGUGGCCCGGAAGAUGAAGGCCGUCAAUAUCCUGCCCAAGGGCCUUUCCACGGUCGAAACGCUGGGAUGUGUCAAUGUCAUCUGCUCAGACAAGACGGGCACGCUGACCCAGAACCAAAUGCAUGUCAACUCGGCGUCCUUUAUCGAUGGACCGAUCGAUCUCGACGAAUUCUACCGAACCGCAGACGGCGACAAGGCCGAGGCAAGCCAUGCCAGAUUACUUGCGGCUGCCUCUCACUGCAACGAUGCCACAUUCGACCCUACAACCAUGAAGGCGCCGGUCCGCAGCCGGGAGGUCCAAGGAAAUGCCACCGACGCCGCCGUCCUUCGGUUUGCAGCCACGGCCAGCGGCAACGACUUUGGCACUGCAACAGCGCCCCGCCUGUUCCAAAUCGCCUUCAACUCCAAGAACAAGUGGAUGCUCACACUGCACCGCAAGGAACCGCGCGGCGAUGGUGAUGGCUCGUUGGACGACUACCAGGUUUUCGUCAAGGGCGCGCCCGACGUGCUGCUGCCAACCUGCACCAAGUACUGGUCCAGAAGGACAAACUCGGUGCAGCCCAUGGAUGAGACGGCCCGGGCCACCUUCAAGAAUUACCAGGACAAGCUGUCGAGAAACGCGGAACGUGUCAUUGUGCUCUGCGAGAAGACGUUUCGCGCAAAGAACGCCGUGGGCACCAAUGCCUUUAGCGACGAGGUUGCCCUGUCUGCCACCGAGGACCUCACCAUUGUUGGAAUCCUGGGCAUCAUCGAUCCCGCUCGACCCGAAACCGCAUACACGGUUGCCGAAUGCCGACGUGCCGGUGCGCGCUUCUUCAUGGUGACGGGCGACUACGGCCUUACCGCGGCGGCCAUUGCUCGCAACACGGGUAUUUUCAGCAGUGAGCACGACCCCGACACCAUCGACACCAUCAAAGGCGGCAAGGCCAUGUCGGCCGCACUGCUCGCCGCCGCUCGGAAGGCUGGCGAGCGACACAGCCUGCUGCUCGAGGGUCAGAGCCUGGGCGGGCUGGUGCAGGAAGACUGGGACAGGAUCUGCGAGUACGGAGAGAUUGUGUUUGCCAGAACGACGCCCGAGCAAAAGCUGCGCAUCGUGGAAGAGUUCCGGAGACGCGACAACGUGGUUGCCGUGACGGGAGACGGCGUCAACGACGCCCCUGCCCUGCGAGCGGCGGACGUGGGCGUGGCCAUGGUGACGGGCAGCGACGUUGCCAUCGAGGCUGCCGACCUCGUCCUGCUGGACAGAUUCGACUCCAUCAUCGAAGCCAUACGAUGGGGCAGACUGGUGUUCCAGAACCUCCAAAAGGUGAUUGCGUACCUGCUGCCGGCGGGCUCGUGGUCGGAAAUAUGGCCUGUGCUGGUCAACGUCUUCUUUGGCGUGCCGCUGCCGCUGAGCUCGUUCCUCAUGAUCAUCAUCUGCGUCUUCACGGACCUGUUCCUCUCGCUGUCGCUCAUCAUGGAGCGGGAGGAGUUCGACCUGCUCUCCCUGCCGCCGCGGAACCACAAACGCGACCACCUCAUCACGGCCAGGAUCUACGUCCAAGCCUACCUCUUCACGGGCUUCAUGGAGACGGUCACGGCGCACGCCAUGUUCUUCUUCUACUACUGGAGGGCGGCGGGCAUCCCCAUCAGAAGCCUCUUCUUUGCGUUUGAAAAGUACGCCGACGGCUUCUACGGCUACAGCGAGGAGCAGCUGAAGCACUUCAACGCCGUGGGCCAGAGCGUCUACUUUGUCACGCUGGUGAUCCUGCAGUGGGGGAACAUUCUGGCGGUCCGCAACCGGCGGCUGAGCAUCGUCCAGGCCGAUCCCGUCACGGAGAAGAGGCGCAACCCCUGGCUCAUGCUCAGCAUGACCAUCUCCCUCGUCAUUGCAGUUUUCGUGACCGAGGUCCCGGGCAUCCAGUCGCUGUUUGGCACGGCAAGCGUUCCCAUCGAGUUUUGGCUCAUCCCCCUCCCGUUGGCCGUGGGCAUUCUUUGCAUGGACGAGAUUAGAAAAGUGGCGGUCAGACUGUUCCCCAAUGGUCCGGUGGCCAAGAUUGCAUGGUAG